GGACACCUCGUGCAUCUGUAAAGAGGGAAACAGCGUCUGGCGCUAUAUUUGGUCGCACACGAUCGUGGCCCUGUCUUUGCAACUUGCAAGCCCCCUUCCAGUCUCCAGUUGCUGUGCGUCCCAAUCCAUUUACUUUCCCUGUGUUCAGCCUCUCUUCUCGUACCAUGGCUAUAAUCUCGAGUUUCCUGUCCCCGAUAAUCCUGCUACCCCCGCAACAUGCGACGUCGUUCCGACUCCCCCUUUUCUCCUCCACCAGCUCCUGGGGUCUGCCUAAUCACUCCCUCCGCUCCACUCGCUGCUGCAGCUGCUCCGCUUCUUCCGCAUCCCAAUCGACCAAAGCUCUUGCAGUUCCAAGGAGGAAAGCAAUGUUUUUGACCUUAUCAAGUUAUGUUAUCUCAGAAGUUGCCUUGCAUGGCGCUGCAGUGGCUCAAGCUCAGCAAUCUGUUGUGUUCAGAGAAUAUGUAGACACAUUUGAUGGUUAUUCAUUCAAGUAUCCCGGGAACUGGAUCCAAGUCCGAGGUGCUGGGGCUGACAUAUUCUUCAGGGACCCUUAUGUUCUGGAUGAGAAUAUAUCAGUUGAAGUGUCUUCGCCUUCAUCUUCCAGAUACAAGAGUGUUGAAGAAUUGGGUCCUCCCGAGGAAGCAGGAAAGAGAGUACUCAAGCAGUAUUUGACUGAGUUUAUGUCUACAAGGCUUGGUGUAAGACGCGAAUCAAAUGUUCUCAGCACGUCUUCAAGAGUUGCUGAUGAUGGCAGGCUAUACUAUGAAGUCGAGGUAAACAUAAAGUCAUACGCUAAUAAUAAUGAACUGGCUGUGAUGCCACAAGAUCGAGUGGUACGUCUGGAAUGGGACCGGAGGUACCUAUCUGUCCUUGGAGUUGAAAACAACCAAUUAUACGAGUUGAGAUUGCAGGCACCGGAAAAUGUAUUUUUAGAAGAGGAAAGUGAUCUUCGUCGAGUAAUGGAAUCAUUUCGGGUGAACAAGAUAGCUGCUUAGAUACUUUAAGAUCUUCCACAAUCUUGUUUCUUUAUUCCUAGUUUGUUCUAAUUAUAUUCUUCACCCACUUGUGCCCUUAAUUCAUCAAUGGCUUCGAAGUCCUAUACAACUA